AGCUCUGCGCGGCAGCUGAACCUAUUUGAAGGCAAUUGGCACAAUGGAUUCCGACAUCCAGCGAUUCUAUAAUGGCAAAAUCAUUUUUCUAACUGGUGGCACAGGAUUUUUGGGCAAAGUUAUCAUUGAGAAACUUUUGCGCUCAACGGAGGUGAAGCGCAUUUAUUCCCUGACGAGACCCAAACGAGGCGAGAGCAUUCAGGAACGCAUUGCCAAAUGGGAGCAAGAUGUGGUGUUUUCGGAGCUAUUAAAGUCCCAUCCGGAGGCCCUCAAGCGCGUGGUGCCCAUCGCUGGAGAUUGUCUUGUGCCCGAUCUGGGCAUAGGCGCGGCGGACCGCAAACUUCUGGCAUCGGAGGUGCAGAUCGUCAUGCACGGCGCGGCCACAGUUCGCUUCGAUGAGGCACUGCAUCUGGCCCUGGACAUCAACACCCGCGCCACACGACUCAUGGUGCAGCUGGCCAAGCAAAUGGUGCAGCUGCAGUCCUUUGUCCACAUAUCGACAGCCUACUCCAACUGCGUGGUGACGCACGUCGAGGAGAAGUUCUACCCCGAGCACUUGACCUGCAGCUCGGACAAAGUGCUGGCCAUUCGGGAGCAGCUGAGUGACAAGCUGAUUGACGAUAUGACCCCAGCCCUGCUCGGAUCGUAUCCCAACACCUACACAUACACCAAGGCCCUGGCGGAGGACCUGAUACUGCGGGAGGCGGUCGGCUUGCCCCUGUGCAUUUUCCGGCCAGCAAUUAUCGUUGCCACCUACAAGGAGCCCAUCUUUGGCUGGACGGACAACCUGUACGGACCCAUUGCCAUAAUGUUCGGCAGUGCCCGUGGCGUUAUGCGCCUAAUGUGCGUCAAGACGGAAGCGCAUAUCGCCGUGGUGCCCGUUGACUAUAGCGCCAAUAUGGCACUGGCCUGCGCGUGGAAAACGGAUCGGAGUGCACAGAGCGGCAGCGGGAGGGAACCAACCAUAUACACGCUGGCACCCAGCGAAAAGAACCUGCUGACCUUCGGGGCAUUCAUCCAGCAGUCGGUUAGCUGGCGCGAGUUCUUCCCACUCACCAAGAUGGUGUGGUACCCGUUCAUUCACUGCGUCUCGGAUCCCAGGCUCUUCACCGUGGUGGCCUUUUUCUAUCAUAUGCUGCCUGGCUUUUUCAUGGAUCUGCUGCUGCGACUAACCGGACGGAAGCCUCGCAUGGUGCAGCUUUACCACAAGAUACACAAAAAUAUUGCGUUACUGGGUCCGUUUACGAGCAGAUCGUUUGUCUUCGAUACGAAGAACAGCAGCCGGCUGCGUGAACUCAUGUCGGCCAAGGAUCGGCUCAUCUACCAAUUCGACAUGGCCAGCUUGGAUUGGACCGACUAUUUCCACAAGGCGCUGCUCGGCGUUCGAAUAUACUUGGCCAAGGAUCCCCACACUCCAGAGUCCAUAGCGCAAGGACUGAAGAUGCUGAAGCGUCUAAAGAUCCUGCAUUGCGCUUUGCUGGCCUCGCUGGCGUGCGGCGGUGGCACAAUUCUGUGGUCGAUCUCCAAGCUCAUAAUGAACUAGCAAGCAGCUGAAUUAAUAAAGUAAACCCCACUCCACACAGA